CCUGCUCUCCCUGAUGUGAUAGACUUUCAAUCACUUUUUGCCGGCCCAAUCCCGACUUGUCCUCCCUCCAAACCCUUUUACCUUCUUCUCCUUGGGGCUCUGCAACUAGGUGAUCGCUCUGCGCUUAAACCCGCCGGGGUUCCUUGCGGCAUAAGCUUUCUUCUCAACUUGACAACUCCCAUUUACGCUGUCAAUUGUUUGUUUUUUUACUUUAUUGCGACGACACGGCUUCCCAGGUUGGCAUAUGUACGCGUGUGUGUAUUAUGUUUAUAUACGCAUGGUGUGCGUGUGCGCGUGCGCGCGGUGGUCAUUAAUUGUGCCUUUCGCUGGGUGUCUUGGAAAUCAAACACCACGUUUUCCAUCCAUGUGUCACCCGCCCUUCGUUCCGUUCCGCUGCGAGACAUUUGUCGGUGGCAUCUCCGUCACAGGUCACCUUGACCGUGUUUGUCUCAUGACGCGUCUGUUUUGCCGUUUGCCGCGUUUGUGUGUGUGUGCGUGUGUGUAAGUCUCAUGUCCACGAAUCCAAAACGCCCGCAGAUGAGAAGAAACAUCUUCCUCCCUCCAAAGCCCAGCCCAAAACCGGUUCAAACGGAAGAUCCCCGCGGUGAAACUUUGGGCUGUGCAAUAUGACGUGCCGCCAACAACGUCCAAACGCAUUCGCCAUGUUCGCUGUGAUCCAGAACGGUCCCCAACAAACACGCCAUGCACGCCGUAGAUGAAGAAAAACAAGAAGAGAGAAUAAAGAAGGGAAAAAAAAAAAAAAGAAAAAAAAAGAA